GUGUGUGUGCUUUGAAAAUAUAUAAAUUCAAGUGAAGUGUUUUGGAAAACAAAUUCAAAAAAUUACAAAAUGAAAACGGAUUGGCAGCCGCAGGAAGAUGGCCUGCGACAAAUAUUACAAUUAUUAAAACAAUCACAAUCACCGGACACAAAUACACAACGAUUUGUACAUAGUAAAUUAGAAGAAUUAAAUUCAUCACCAGAAUUUAAUAACUAUUUAGUAUUCGUAUUAUCCAAAAUGACAACCGAAGAUGAACCAACACGAACGUUAAGUGGUUUGAUAUUAAAGAACAACGUACGAACUCGAUUCCACCAAUUUCAACCGCAAGUCUGUAAUUUCAUCAAAGAAGAAUGUCUAACAUCGAUUGGUGACUCAUCACCGCUAAUUCGGGCCACUGUUGGCAUACUAAUUACGACAAUUGCAACAAAAGGGAAUUUAGAUGAUUGGCCAGAAUUGUUACCCACAUUACUGCAAGGAAUUGAAUCAAACGAUAAUAAUGUAUGCGAGGGAGUGUUUGGAGCACUGCAAAAAUUAUGUGAAGAUGUACCCGAAUAUAAUGAUUUAGAGAAAUUGAGUGUAUUUAUACCGAAAUUAUUAGUUUAUUUUCAACAUGCGAAUCCAAAAGUACGAUCGUUAGCCAUUUCAUGUAUUAAUUCCUUUUUAAUGGUACGAAUACCAGCGAUUAUUGUGCAUUUGGAUGAAUUCGUUUUUGGUCUACAGUGUUUACAAAACGAUACCGACGUAAGUGUUCGAAAAAGUAUCUGUCGAGCAAUGAAUUUAUUACUGGAAGUUUCUUCAGAGAGUCUCUAUCCGUACAUGAACCAAAUUAUUGAAUACAUGCUACAACGAUCUUUUGAUAUCGACGAACAAAUCGUAUUUGAUUCCUGUGAAUUCUGGCUUUCAAUGAUCGAACGAGGAAAUAUUAGCCGAAACAUAAUCGGUCCAUAUUUAGAUCGUAUAAUUCCCACUCUAAUACAUUGUAUGCGAUAUUCCGACGUUGAUAUAAUCAUUUUGAAGGGUGAUGUUGAAGAAGACUCGACAGUUCCAGAUCGAGAUGAAGAUAUACGUCCAAGAUUUCAUAAACCGAAGCGUAUAGAUAACGAAAUCGACACAAUCGAUGAUGAUGAUAAUUCUUACACCGAAUGGAACAGUCGUAAAUGCAGUGCGGCAGCCUUAGAUUCCUUAUCAAUUGUUUUUGGUAAUGAAAUCUUACCAAUUUUAUUACCAGUCGUAAAUAAUGCGUUACAUAACGAAGAUUGGAUUAUUAAAGAGAGUGGAAUCUUAGCGUUGGGGGCAAUUGCCGAUGGUUGUAUGCAUGGAAUGAUAACACACUUAACCGAAUUAAUACCGUAUCUUAUUCAGUGUUUAAAUGAUCGCAAAGCGUUGGUACGUGCGAUUACGUGUUGGACAUUGAGUCGUUACACGCAUUGGAUUAUUUCACAACCGCAUGAAAUCUACUUUCAACCAUUGUUAACAGUAUUGCUUCAACGGAUAUUAGAUUCGAAUAAAAGGGUACAAGAAGCAGCGUGUUCUUCUUUUGCCACAUUCGAGGAGGAAGCAUGCACCGAAUUAGUUCCUUAUUUAGAUGUAAUUUUAGAAACGUUAGUAUUUGCAUUUAGUAAAUAUCAACAUCGUAAUUUAUUAAUUUUAUACGACGCAAUUGGUACUUUAGCCGAUUCGGUUGGGAAUUAUUUAAAUAAUCCAAAAUAUAUAAAUAAAUUAAUGCCUCCACUAAUCGCAAAAUGGAAUUUGUUACACGAUGAAGACAAGGAUUUAUUUCCUCUCUUAGAAUGUUUAUCGAGUAUUGCGACUGCACUUAAACAUGGAUUUUUACCAUAUGUGGAACCGGUUUUUCGACGAUGUGGCUCCUUAAUUGAGCAAACCUUAAAUCAAUCGAUUGCAUAUUCCCAACAUCCAGACACAUUUGAUCCGCCGGAUAAGGAUUUCAUGAUUGUGGCAUUGGAUUUGUUGUCUGGAUUAAUCGAAGGAUUAAAUACACAAAUUGACGAAUUAGUUUCACAUAGUAAUAUGAUGCCGUUGCUGUAUUCAUGUAUGCAAGAUUCAAUGGCGGAAGUACGACAGUCAUCUUUUGCACUUUUGGGUGAUUUAACGAAAGCAUAUUUUCCAAUUGUACAUCCGUUUAUCGGGGAUUUAAUGCCAAUCUUAGGACAAAAUUUGAAACCUGAAUAUAUAUCGGUCUGUAAUAAUGCGACAUGGGCUAUUGGAGAAAUUAGUAUGAAAUUAGGUGCUGAUAUGAAACCAUACAUCCCAAUGGUACUAAGUCAGUUAAUCGAAAUAAUAAAUCGACCGCAUACACCGAAAACAUUGCUUGAAAAUACGGCCAUUACAAUCGGUCGACUAGGCUUUGUCUGUCCUUAUGAAGUUGCGUCACAUUUACAACAAUUUGUGCGCUGCUGGUGUACAUCGUUAAGGCAUAUUCGUGAUAAUCAAGAAAAAGAUAGUGCCUUUCGUGGUAUGUGCCAAAUGAUUGAAAUCAAUUCAAAUGCGAUUGUAAACGAUUUUGCAUAUUUCUGUGAUGCGGUUGCAUCAUGGACGAAUCCACCAAAUGAUUUACGUCAAAUGAUAUGCAAGAUUUUGAUUGGUUAUAAAGAUCAUCUAAGUCCCGAAGCAUGGAUGGCAUUUGUCGAACAAUUACCUGCGUACGUGAUUCAUCAGCUCACUACACUUUAUGGUAUUUAAAUUACCAUAAUUGUUUUUAAAAGAUUUUUUAUAGCCAAAAUGUAAAUAUGGCCAUUGAAAUUGAAUUAUAAAAAAAAAAAAAAAAAAGCACAAACAUUUUAAAAAAAGAAAGAAUCCUGUUAGUGCCC